AAUCAUUUGUACAAACAUUUCUAUUGGCUGGUGUUUCUAUAGUUUCCAGGAUUUUAACUUGGGAAACAACAAAUAUACAAAUUUUUGCAAAAAACCCGCUGCAAUUCAGUAUUUAUUUGGUCUCUUUGCAUACUCCUAUAGGAGAAAUUGAUCUCAGUUAAUCGCUGGGGUUUUGCAGGGAUAUAUCCAAUAGUAUUCACACAUUGGUCUAUAUUUAUUGGCCAGACACUCUGGGAUAGACCAAUUUCUUACAGGUUGAGUUGUUACCCGAGAUAAAUAAUAGAGAACUUGUGAGGAGAGAGGACAUUCUGUGCUGUGAUUGGCUGCUUCAAAACCAUGUGAUUACCUCAGAGAAAUUCGACUAAGAUUAGUGGAGGAAAUUGACGUGAAACCUGACCUUUCCUGGUAGCCAAUUCCCAAGUAUACAAAUUAUGACCAACAAGCCCUGCGGAAUUAUUCCCCAACUCCCUAUCACAUUUCUGAAUAAUUUCCGCCUUCAAUCAUACCCCUGGUAAACGUGACAUGUUCUAGGUGCCUGGCCAAAUCAUUACAAACACUCGGUAUUGUUAAGACUUGUAAAGUCCAUCAAAAAUUGGCCCCCCGAAGUGCUGCAUAAAAAAAAGAGAAAGAAGAAAACAGAGCUUCUGGUGAUAAUUAAAAGACUUUUUUUGACCUUUUAUUGAACUGAAGACAAUUGAUCAUCACCCCAGAACUAUUUGUAGAAGGAAUUGAUGACAAAGAGAAAUCACUGUUUUUGGAAUUUUCAGAUUGUCUUGAAUUUACAACUCGUAAGUGGACAGAUUGUACGGAAUUUAAAAACUAACUAAUGAGUUGUAUUUAUAGAUUUAAUUAACACCUGCGACAUAUAAUAAUAACUUCUAAGAAACAAACACCAGAGGGUUAGGAAAAUAACUUCACAGACCAGAAAGAAAAAGUCAUUCAGAAUAACAACUAACUGCUGUAGCAGUGGUGGAAUUCUUCUUUCUUUACACUAGUGUGACUGACAGUGAAAUUAAUGUCAGCUUAACUAAACUUUUUGGAAGGGAAUGCUACAUGACAUAAUGAAUACGUCAGAUCUUAUGACACUGGGGUUAUCUACCCCUUCUACAACAACAGAAAUCACCAACAUCUUACAGUUCAAUAGAAACUACAUGAAAUACCAUGGCUACAUCAGUUCCAUUAUCUGUAUUUUUGGAGUCAUGUCUAACAUCGUAAAUAUCAUCGUCCUGACGCGGCGACACAUGGUGACGCCCACAAACUGUAUCCUUACGGCGCUGGCCAUCACAGACAUGGCAACCAUGUCAAUUUACUUUGUGUAUGCAGUGUAUUUCUACAUUAUAACUCAGCCACUAGACUCCUAUGAACACAGUAAAGGAUGGAUGUACUUCGUUGUUGUCAACAAUUUGGCAGUUAUUACGUUUCACAAUAUGGCAAUGUGGUUGACUGUCUCUUUGGCCGUUUUCAGAUACAUCUUUGUUUGUCACCAUGUGGUGGCGAACCAGUGGUGUAGCCUGGAUCGAGCUAAAUUAACCAUCUUCAUCAUCGUGGUGGUGUCCAUCCUGGUCUGUGUCCCAAAUUACUUCCUGUAUCAAGUCAAAGACCUCCAAGAUUUCUACACGGAGGCUAGCAACCGAACAAACAACGCAACUGCAAACUGGAAAGGCUACUGGAUAGAAAAAAGUGAAUUCAUUCAGCAGAAUCCACUGUAUCAGCCAAUUACUUUCUGGAUCUAUGGAGUGAUUAUCAAAAUAGCCCCGUGUAUCUUACUGACCAUUCUAAGUACAUUGAUAAUCAUGACCAUGCACCAGGCCAGCGUACGGCGUAAACGUCUGUUGUCUCAAUCCAACAGCCGCCACAACGAGGAAAUGUCCGCGGAACACAACCGCACCACCAUGAUGCUGGUGAUGGUGGUCCUGUUUUUUGUGGUGACGGAGUUUCCCCAGGGAAUUCUGGCCGGAAUAAGUGGCCUCAAUGACACGUUCUUUAACCAGGUGUACUCCAACCUUGGGGAUGUGAUGGACCUUCUAGUUCUCAUCAACAGUGCCAUAAACUUCCUGCUGUAUUGCAUCAUGAGUCAGCAAUUUAGGGACACGUUUAAGAACCUGUUUUUGUGUUCAUUUGUCAGAAACUUUAACAACGGAAGUAUUACUUUAAAGAACGGGAUUCAUACUAACCACUAUAGCUCUGUCAAGACUGAAGUGACGCAAGUUUAAUGUGUUAUAGAAAAAAUAUCUUAACAAAGCUUUUGUGGCAACAAAGGUUUUUCAUUGCAUAAAUAUGGAAAAGUCUGUUUUUAACAGACCUGUUUUUUCAAAAUAUUCUUGUACAGCUUUUAAUAUUCUCAUCAAAUCAAAAAAGAGGGUUUUCCUUCACUGGAACUUGUCAAAGUAAUUGUUUGGUUAACAAACAAAAUUCUACUUGUCAAUGGUUUAAGUUAUUAAACAUCAUCACUGAAUUUUCAUCUCUGGCUCAGUUUACUAGCUUUGCUCUGUAGCUAUGGCAACUGAUGAAAGUUACACAAGUUACCAUGGUAAUUACACAAACUGUAAUUAUUAAACACUGUAUGUCUUGUUUAUCAAUUUCUUUUGGUGUAAUUAUCAUUGUAACAUUUAUUCAGAAGUUGAAAUUCGGGUCCCAAGUAUGUGUAACUUUCAUCCUUGGUUGCCAUGGGGGUAUCAUGCCAUUAUAUUUAUACUUUGUGUGUUUAUUCAUAUAUCUACCACUGUAUAGUAUUAUUAAAAUUAAUUGUUAAUUUAUGUAUGUGAAUUCAUUUAAAAUCUGGUUAUUAAAAUUCAUUUAUUGAAA